AUGACCAGAAGCCUGUUUACCUGUAAAACUCCAGCAAUUGCAGAUAUUGUGAUACUGGUAGAUGGUUCUUGGAGUAUUGGCAGAUUCAAUUUCAGGCUUGUUCGACUGUUCCUGGAAAAUCUGGUUUCUGCUUUCAAUGUGGGAUCUGAGAAAACAAGAGUAGGUCUUGCACAGUACAGCGGUGAUCCCCGAAUUGAAUGGCAUUUGAAUGCUUAUAGUACAAAAGAUGCUGUGUUGGAUGCAGUCCGUAAUCUACCAUACAAGGGAGGGAAUACGUUAACAGGUCUUGCCUUAACAUACAUUUUGGAAAACAGUUUUAAGCCUGAAGCAGGUGCAAGACCUGGAGUAUCUAAAAUUGGUAUACUGAUCACUGAUGGGAAGUCCCAAGAUGAUGUUAUCCCUCCUGCUAAAAACCUUCGAGAUGCUGGCAUUGAGCUUUUCGCUAUUGGUGUAAAGAAUGCAGAUAUAAAUGAACUCAAAGAGAUUGCCUCUGAACCUGACAGCACACACGUCUACAACGUUGCUGACUUUAACUUCAUGCAUACAAUUGUUGAAGGUCUUACCAGAACAGUGUGCUCACGAGUAGAGGAACAGGAAAAGGAAAUCAAAGGAACAAUUGCUGCUUCACUUGGGGCUCCUUCGGAUUUGGUCACAUCUGAAGUAACAGCUAGAGGAUUCCGGGUUAGCUGGACCCAUGCACCAGGCAAAGUGGAAAAAUACAGGGUUGUGUACUAUCCCACUCGAGGAGGACAACCAGAAGAGGUUGUGGUAGAUGGAAGCUUAUCAACAGCAGUUCUAAAAAACCUGAUGUCUUUAACUGAAUACCAGAUAGCUGUAUUUGCUAUAUACUCAAGUGCUGCUAGUGAGGGCCUCCGUGGAACUGAAACUACACUUGCCUUGCCAAUGGCAUCAGAUCUGCAAUUGUACGAUGUGUCACAGAGCAGCAUGAGAGCGAAGUGGAAUGGAGUAGCGGGUGCCACAGGUUACAUGAUCCUAUAUGCUCCCCUCACGGAAGGAUUGGCAGCAGAUGAGAAAGAGAUAAAAAUUGGGGAGGCCUCAACAGAUCUUGAACUGGAUGGACUAUUGCCAAAUACAGAAUAUACAGUCACAGUUUAUGCCAUGUUUGGAGAAGAAGCUAGUGAUCCUCUUACAGGACAAGAAACUACAUUGCCUCUAAGUCCACCAGCAAACUUGAAAUUUUCUGAUGUUGGACACAGUAGUGCUAAGCUAACAUGGGAUCCCGCUUCCAAAAAUGUAAAUGGCUAUCGCAUCAUGUACGUUAAAACAGAUGGAACGGAAACCAAUGAGGUGGAAGUUGGUCGAGUUGCAACCCAUACUCUAAAAAGCCUGACAUCCCUUACAGAGUAUACUGUUGCUAUUUUCUCCCUAUAUGAUGAAGGACAAUCUGAACCACUUACUGGCAGCUUUACCACAAAAAGAGUUCCAGCUCCCCAGCAUUUGGAAAUUGAUGAAGCAUCAACAGAUAGUUUUAGGGUCAGCUGGAAGCCCACCUCCUCCGAUAUUGCUUUUUACAGAUUGGCGUGGAUUCCUUUGGAUGGAGGGGAAUCUGAAGAGGUUGUCAUAAAUGGAGAUACAGACAGUCAUGUUAUUGAGGGUUUAUUGCCCAACACAGAAUAUGAAGUUUCUUUGCUGGCAGUUUUUGAUGAUGAAAGUGAAAGUGAAGUUGUUGCUGUUCUUGGAGCUACAUUUGCGAGGACUACCCCAAUACCUACAACGGUGACUACUACCAGUACCACAACUUCUAAGUCCACCACAGCAGUUUUUCGAACAGGAAUCAGGAACCUCGUUAUAGAUGAUGAAACAACUUCAAGUCUGAGGGUGAUAUGGGACAUUUCAGAUUACAAUAUUCAGCAGUUCAGAGUGACCUAUCUCACUGCGAAAGGUGACCGUGCUGAGGAAGCGGUAAUGGUGCCUGGGAGACAAAACACUCUUCUGCUUCAACCUCUGCUGUCUGACACAGAGUACAAAGUUACCGUCACUCCCAUCUAUUCUGAUGGGGAAGGAGUCAGCGUCUCAGCACCUGGCAAAACUCUACCCUUGUCUGCUCCUAGAAAUUUACGUGUCUCAGAUGAAUGGUACAACAGAUUACGUAUCAGUUGGGAUGCCCCGCCAUCACCAACAAUGGGUUACAGAAUUGUCUACAAACCAAUCAACAUCCCUGGUCCUGCGUUGGAGACCUUUGUAGGGGAUGAUAUUAAUACCAUUCUUAUUCUAAAUCUCUUCAGUGGAACGGAGUACAGUGUUAAAGUAUUUGCUUCAUACUCAACAGGCUUCAGUGAUGCCCUAACAGGCGUAGCCAAAACCUUGUACCUGGGUGUGACAAAUUUGGAUUCCUAUCAAGUCCGCAUGACUAGCCUCUGUGCUCAGUGGCAGCUUCACAGACAUGCUACUGCAUACAGGGUAGUUAUAGAAUCGCUUGUGGAUGGUAAAAAGCAAGAGGUAAAUCUUGGUGGAGGGACACCUAGACAUUGUUUCUUUGAGCUGAUGCCUGGAACUGAAUAUAAAAUCAGUGUUCAUACACAGCUUCAGGAGAUAGAGGGCCCUGCUGUAAGCAUCAUGGAGACAACAUUACCAUUUCCGACUCAACCGCCAACAACACCUUCAACACCACCUCCACCACCUACAAUCCCUCCUGCAAAAGAAGUGUGCAAAGCAGCCAAAGCUGACCUAGCGUUCCUGGUGGAUGGGUCAUGGAGUAUUGGAGAUGACAAUUUCAAUAAAAUAAUUAGCUUUCUUUAUAGCACUGUUGGAGCUUUGGAUAAGAUUGGUCCUGAUGGUACACAGGUGGCAAUAAUUCAGUUCAGUGAUGAUCCCAGGACAGAAUUUAAAUUGAAUGCAUACAAAACAAAAGAGACACUUCUUGAAGCUAUUCAGCAAAUAGCUUACAAAGGAGGAAAUACAAAAACAG